AUGGCGGAGGACACUACCACCUACGCACCAAAGUCGCCGGACCUCUCUUCUUUCUAUUCGGCAGCACCCGCCCCGCCCACGCCUCCACUGCACAAUCUGCAGCACAACCAGCAACACUUGAACAAGCUGCAAACCGCUGCACCGCCGGUAUAUGAAUACUCCUCCCCCUCGUCGCGCGCCUACCAUCCUCACCAGUCGUCUUCAACUCCUGUACACAUCAAACAGGAGCCGCCCCACUACCCGCCUUCAGUGGCAAUAAAGUCCGAAUCAGUCUUCCCUUCCUAUCAGCCACCACUGCAAACCCACCAGCAUCAGCAGCAACAGCACCAACCACAGUACCUGUCCCCUCAGUACCACCAGUCGCCGCCACAACAGCACCAGCAGCACCCAUCUACGCAACAUCCACAAAGUGCAUAUGGGAUUCAGCCCGCCGUCAAGUAUCAAGAACAGCAACCGCAUCAGCCCCCAACACCACAAAGCCAGGGGUUUCUAGACCAGAAAACAUACGGCGCAACGCCUCAGCUUUACGAUAUCCCGUAUAAUCCGGACUCACAGCACCUUCCGCAAACACCGGGUUCAGCAACAAUGCCUCCCAGGAAGAACACCCAGUCGGCUCCCUCGCCGCCCCCAAUUGAUCCCUCACCAGUUCGCACCAAGUUCCCCACCGCGAGGAUAAAGCGCAUCAUGCAAGCCGACGAGGAGGUUGGCAAGGUUGCCCAGCAGACGCCCAUUGCUGUCGGUAAGGCUUUGGAGAUGUUCAUGAUUGCUGUCGUCAGCCGAAGCGCCGAGAUCGCGCGGGAGAAGAACUCGAAGCGAGUUACGGCUCAGAUGCUCAAACAAGUCAUCGAGACAGAUGGCCAGUACGACUUCUUGGCCGACAUUGCCGCCAAGGUCGGCGACGAGGAGAAGCGGGGCAGCCGCUCCAAGGCCGAGUCGGAGAGUGAGGAAGAGUUGGAGGUCGAGACGAAGAAGAAGGGCAAAGGCGGCCGUAAGAAGAAGGCCGCGUGA